AUGACGGUUUCGUAUUGGUUAUCGUACAGUGGUAGUGGCUAUUUUGUAGCUCGCAAUGCUAAAUCUCCUGCUUUUCCCCCUGCCCCUCCUCCCCCGUGCUACACGGAUGAUAGUACCCAGCAAUGUCGGACGAUUGUAGGCACAACAGCUCAAAAGAGUGAUUUGCAAGAAGCAUCAAGAACGAUAGAUCUUAGUAUGGAAAAGGGACCAAAACUAAAAGAGUGUCCUAGGUGCAAACUGCAAUAUCAGAUAACCUCGAAUUUCGAGGCUCGAGGUUCGUCAAGGCCGCAAGGCCCCGCCAAAUACUGGACAGGGAAUAUCAAGGCAUCCUGGAAUGUGAAUGAUACCGAGGUCGGAACGAAUGGGAGUAAGGUGCUAGGUUACAUCAAUUCCAUUACCACUGUUCGAACAACCAUGUCAAACAACGUUCCAAUUGAAGGGCGCCACCCACGUGUGGCGAUUUCGACGCCAGCCUUGCCACGGGCAUGCCUUGGUUCUACAAGCCCUCCCACGUUGAUACCACGUCCGGUUGGAUUCACAACCGUGGUAGCAGGCGAUAUGGCUAACACCGGGGAUGAGAGCGACAUCACGCCUUCAGCGCCUCCGGUGGAGCAUUACCUAAUUGAUAAUUGGAAUUCUGCAUCGCCAGAACCUCCUUCGGAUCAACGUCGAGCGCUAGUUGCUGCUUUUUUGGCUCUUGAUGCCAUUCCCGAGAAAUAG